AUGGAUCCUGGGACUUUGAUACAGACCCACCUACUCUCUGCGGCCCACCUAACCUCCCUGGCCCACCCUCCACAUCCCACCUACCCUCUGCGGCCCACCUUCCCUCCAUGGCCCACCUUCCCUCUGCGUUCCACCUUCACCCUCUGCGUCCCACCUUCACCCUCUACGUCCCACCUUCACCCUCCGUGGCCCACCUUCCCUCCGUGGCCCACCUUCCCUCUGCGUCCCACCUUCACCCUCUACGUCCCACCUUCAUCCUCCGUGGCCCACCUUACCUCCCUCGUCCCACCUUUCCUCCGCGUCCCACCUUCACCCUCUACGUCCCACCUUCACCCUCCGUGGCUCACCUUCCCUCUGCGUUCCACCUUCCCUCUGCGUUCCACCUUCACCCUCUACGUCCCACCUUCACCCUCCGCGUCCCACCUUUCCUCCGCGUCCCACCUUUCCUCCGCGUCCCACCUUCCCUCCCUGGCCCACCUUCCCUCCCUGGCCCACCUUCCCUCCGUGGCCCACCUUCCCUCCGCGGCCCACCCACCCGGAGUCUCGCUGCUCAACGCCGCUAUUUCCGCCUGGUUUCAGAGCAGACCGCAGCCGGAUAAAAUGACAGCUCCUAAAUGUUCAUAA